AUGUACGCCGAAUCUAAACAUGGAUGAUACAUGAUCGGCCUUGAAUUUGAAUGUUCCAGGGUUAAUCUAAGUUUUGUUUCUACUACUCGCAACCCCCCGUGUAGAUACCGAGUAUGAGCGAUCGGGUGUCUUUCCCAUUGAGCAGGCAUGUCGGACUCGCCGUCCCCAUACGACCAGCAGGCCGAGUCCUCAACAUCGCAGCUCCAAGCGCGAGUGGAAGAUGACGAGAGUGACAAUGAUGAUCCUCUCUUAGCCCAGGACCCUCUGGACUCGUCUAUUCCUGAGCCCACCACAUUUAAAAGAAAGAAGAAAGCUGCGCCUGGCUUUUCUCUACCACGAUUUCUUUCCUCUCCAUUAUCAGGCGGCCGCAUAGAAUCUCCAGCGCAGCGUGCCCCAGCCCGUGGACGACUCGAAGCUUCCCAACCCCAACCGCAACGACGAGAUUCCACCGAUGCCAUGCUCAGCUAUCUCGAUCGCCCGAGCGAUGCGGGCGCUCAGCUUCAGGAUACCAAGGAUGCAAACGCCCUAGACUGGUAUGUUGAAGGCCCCGGUAGACGCGUGGGCUACGAUGAUCUCACGGCCAUCGACUGGAUCUUCGAGUACUCGAAGGAGCGACAACGAUUGCGAGUCUUGAAAUCCUCGGCGAAUGGCUUGCUCGGCUACCUUUAUUUGAUGGGGGACGCUAGUCAAAUUUGGUUGGUGCUCGUGGCGACGGGCAUCGCGUGCGGAGCCAUUGCGGCCUUCAUUGAUAUUACGAGCAAUUGGUUGGCGGAUGUGAAAGGCGGGUUUUGCAGUAAUGUGGACGCAGGGGGGAAAUUCUACCUGAAUGAGGUGUUUUGUUGUUGGGGCUACGAAGACUACAAUCAAUGUCGCGACUGGCGAACCUGGAGUGACGGGUUUGGCGUCAAAUCCGCUACCGGAAGCUGGAUUCUAAACUACUUUGUAUUUGUAUUGUUCUCGGUACUUUUUGCAGCUUGCGCGAGUUUCCUUGUACAGCGGUAUGCGUUUUAUGCGAAGCAUAGCGGGAUCCCGGAGAUUAAGACGGUCUUGGGAGGGUUUGUUAUUCGACGGUUCAUGGGACCGUGGACCCUGGUAAUCAAAUCACUUGGCCUGUGCUUUGCAGUGGCAUCAGGACUUUGGCUCGGGAAAGAAGGCCCUUUGGUGCACGUUGCUUGUUGUUGCGCCAAUCUUUUCUUGAAGCUGUGCGGCUCUUUGAAUGAUAAUGAAGCUCGGAAAAGGGAGGUACUCUCUGCUGCGGCUGCGGCUGGUAUAUCUGUAGCGUUUGGAUCGCCUAUCGGUGGGGUGUUGUUUAGUCUCGAGCAACUUUCGUAUUACUUCCCGGAUAAGACCAUGUGGCAGAGCUUUGUCUGUGCCAUGGUUGGAGCAGUCACCCUACAGUUCUUCAACCCAUUCAGGACCGGGAAGCUCGUCCUGUAUCAAGUCACAUAUCACACAGGCUGGCAUGGCUUCGAACUGGUUCCUUUCAUGAUCCUCGGAAUACUCGGCGGACUAUAUGGCGGCCUCCUCAUCAAGCUCAACAUGCGCAUUGCCGAGUGGCGUCGAUCCUCCAUAAUCUCCAAGAGUCCGGUUCUUGAGGUCAUCGCCGUCGCCUUGAUCACCGCCCUGAUCAACUUCCCGAUUAAGUUCAUGCGUGCGCAGGCGUCUGAACUGGUCUACAUCCUCUUUGCGGAAUGCGCCGAUAUCACAACCGAUCCUUUAGGGUUAUGCAAAUCUGGCAAAGCCAAUACCAGCGUGGUCGCGCUGCUUCUCAUCGCCGCAAUCUGCGGGUUUUUCCUCUCGGCCAUGACGUUCGGCCUUCUGAUCCCUGCGGGGAUUAUUCUGCCAUCGAUGGCGCUGGGUGCACUUUACGGGCGUGCAGUUGGCCUCAUAAUGGAGGUUUGGCAGAAGGCCUAUCCUAACUUCCUCCCCUUUGGAUCCUGUGAGCCCGACAUCCCUUGUGUCACUCCGGGGACGUACGCAAUCAUCGGUGCAGCGUCGGCACUUGGGGGCGCUACCCGGAUGACCGUCUCCAUAGUGGUGAUCAUGUUCGAAUUGACGGGAGCACUGACUUAUGUUCUGCCCAUCAUGGUCGCCGUCAUGGUCAGCAAAUGGGUCGGUGACGCGAUUAGUCCGCGAGGGAUUUACGAAUCAUGGAUCCACUUCAACGGAUAUCCCUUCCUCGAUAAUAGGGACGAUAACAGUGCUGCGGUACCAGAUGUCCUCGCAAACGAGGUCAUGACUCGAUUGGUGGACUUAGUGGUGAUCACAUCCACCGGCCAUACGAUUCAGAGCUUGCAAACCCUCCUUACGCAGCACGACCUGCGUGGGUUUCCGGUCAUUGACAAUGAGCGGAACACGACGCUUCUGGGAUACAUAUCGAGAACGGAGCUGGAGUUUGCUUUGAACACUGCACUGGCGGAGCCUAGAAAUUUGCCUCCAGAAACCGAAGCAUACCUCACUCAUCAGUCACUUGCCGACCCUCUGGCGAGCUUGGAUCUGAGGCCUUGGAUGGACCAGACCCCCAUCACGCUCAAUGCGCGGGCAAGCUUGCAGCUCGCGGUCAGUAUGUUCCAGCGUCUGGGGCUGCGAUAUGUUCUCUUCGUGGAGAAAGGAAUGCUUCGCGGCUUGAUGACCAAGAAGGACGUCUGGUACAUAUUGGAUGGAUCAGAGGUCCGUCGAGAUACGAAUGGUGGGACGCAGGCGGACAAUGCUGGCCAUGGAGAGGCAGACGCGGAUCUAAUGCUUGCUGAUGAUGGAAGUGUGGAUAGUCGCUCAGCACCUUGAAUAUUGCUUCUAAAAUUCGACUCGAUACAAUACAAAGCCGAUAAUCAAGUUCAAAACAACAAUAGCUUGACCAGAAACAGCAUUUAAAUAUAUAAUUCCAGUCCAU